UUGCCCUCGCGAGUACUCGAUGUGGAGUAUGGUUCGUCUCCGAGCAGGUUAAGGCUGUUCGAACCGGAAGGAACGCUUGGGAAGUAUAUCGCUCUGAGCCAUAGAUGGGGAGACGAGCGUCCCUUCGCUACCACCCGCUCCAAUCUGGGGCCGUACAAAGCACAGGGAAUCAAUGUUGAGAAUCUCCCCAAGACAUUCCAGGAUGCUGUCGUUAUGGCACGCAGAUUGGGUAUCCGAUAUUUAUGGAUUGACGCAUUAUGUAUUUGUCAGGAUGACGGCCCCGAAUGGGAGAGAGAGUCUGCUAAGAUGGCUGUAAUCUACUCUCACGCCUACUUGGUCCUCGCUGCUACGGGGUCGGAGCGGGAUAGUGGAGGCAUAUUCAACCAGCGAUCGCCCCCUGAUUACGAAGGGGUUGAGCACAGUAAGAAUGGUGCGCGUGGGACAUUGAAGGCCUUCCUGAUCCCCAAACGAUGGGCCGCGCGCCCCGAUGGGUAUUGCAUGCUGAAUGAGGAGCCUCUGUCAGAACGAGGAUGGGCCCUUCAGGAACGCCUUCUUGCCUCCAGAACCCUCCAUUUCGGAUCGACCCAAAUGUUCUUCGAGUGCUACGGCCACUUCCGCAGUGAGGACGGCUUCAGGAUGCGGGGCCGUCUCAAUAGCAUCCAUAACGACCCUCACCAACACUACCCGCUCGCGGACCCGGACUCGUCUUUGCGAAGUUCUCUGUAUCGCGGCUCCGAGCUUUGGUAUCAGGCUCUGUACUUCUAUUAUCCUAGGAAGUUGACUAAGAGCUCGGAUAAGCUUCCGGCGCUUUCUGGGAUAGCGAGAAUUGUUGAAGAGCAAACGGGCGACAAGUACGUUGCGGGGCUCUGGCACUCCACGCUCAUAGAAGGCCUCAUCUGGCAGGCAGCAGGCACGCACCGGAACGCGACGAGCGCUCCGCCCGGCUACCGUGCCCCGUCCUGGUCGUGGGCCUCCAUAGAUGGACCCUUCGGCAAUCUGGGACUUGGCCGAGAUCCUAUCUACAAGGGCGCAGAGUGGGUGGAUAUUGCUACCGUAAUUGAUGUCCACAUUGAGCUCAAAGGCGAGAACCCGUAUGGCGAAGUCGCAUCUGGCUGGCUCAAGAUCAAGGCGCCAAUUGAACCGCUUGCGCCCAGCGAAGAGAAGGAACCGGACUGGGAGACGGUGCCUCACAAGAGAGCCCUUAGAAUGAAGACAAGGGCAGGAAAGACGUUUGGAACGUACAGUAUGCUGGAUACACUGGAUGAUGAGUCGGCUUCGCAGCUGACUCUCUUUGCACUGGUCUUGGUUUUCAUGGAUGGAAAGGAGGGGCGUACGUACCAGGCCAUCGUGGUCACACCGGUCGAAGGGCAAGAUGGCUAUUACCGGCGCGUUGGGAAGAUGAUCAUGGAUGACGAGUCUCUAGGCAAGUGCGCUUGGAUGGAGUCCGGCGCGUCUUUGCCCACAGUCACGCUGUUGUAG